GAUUGGUCAAUCGGAGCUGAAGCUCCACCCACCCUCUUUCCAAAUCCCUCUCCCGUGUCCGUCGCUUGACUCGGCUCCUUUAUGUCCGCGGUGAAGGGACGGCGGCGAGGAAAAGAAGAAGAAAAAAAGGCGGGGAGGGGGACAGAGGCUACGAUUGAGGGACUUUUAACGUCACUGGCAUUAAGAGCCCCUCCGCUGGCUGCGGUGCUAAAAGAGAGUUUUCAGAACUCCUGUUUUCUCUCCGGCAAGUUUUCUUUCGGUGGGGGAAAGGGAAAAAAAAAGACUUAAGAAAACUCAGAAAGGCGACAAUCUGUGUGGUUUCCUCUCCACCCCCUCCAGGACAGGAUGCUGUGUGGCAACAAUCCAGGCUCGGGACAUGAGAUGUGAGACUCCCACUGUGGCCCGUUACUUGCUGCCCCCAUGGUUUUGCUGGUUCUUACAAAAGAAAUUGAGAAAUUGAGAAAGAGAGAUGGUGGAAGACGAAUCAGCUCGAUAAUAUUGAUUUUCCAGCUUUGCACACAUUGAGUCAGACAAGUGCAAACACUGUUUUAAUGACCAUUGCUGUUCAAAAAGAGAAACCAGGAUGCUUACCCAAACCUUCAAGAAACAAAUCAGAUAAGUAGGUACAUGAAAACUCUGAAAGGUCACUAUCAAAUUGGACUGGGGAGAACAGUGCAAAUUAGGCACAUUGUCCUGGAAGAAACCCAGAAGUUCCACAAUAGACCUAUUUUUUUAUUCUUUGUUAAAUAGUCUAGAAGGAAGAAGAACAGCGAAAGAAAACAUAAACAAUGGGGGGUGCAGGUGUGUGACCAUCCUUAAGUUACAUCCGUAUACUUCCAGUAUACAUCAACUGUAUACCUCCGUAUACAUCAACCUUUUCUGAAGGACACAUUGAAUUUCUGGGUCGGGUUUUUGUCAACUGGCUAGGAAAUGAGUCUUGGAAAGCUACCCGUGAUUGGCUGGGUAUCUGGCUCACACAGCAAACGUCGAUUCAAAACAGAAUUGACCUCGGACAUGAUCAGCCCACCACUGGGGGACUUUCGUCACACCAUGCAUGUGGGACGUGGUGGUGAUGUCUUUGGAGACACUUCUUUCCUUAGGAACCAUGGCGGAGAGGAAGUCAAACCCCACAAUUUCUUUGCUCGGACAUUGUGGCACGUGAGGAGGAGCCCGCUAAGGAACCGGGGAAGCCGAAACAGGGAUCAGGGCUCAUCUGCACCUCCCGCCAUCUCACCCAUCAUCAAGAAUGCUGUGUCACUGCCUCAGCUCAAUCAGAGCCACUAUGACAGCGAUGAUCUUGGUAUAGCAUUUGCCUUCAAGAAACCCCCAACAAGCUUCUCUGACUAUGGAUUAGAAUCUGGAUUCUGCACCAUUCCACGUGUUCCCCGAUCUGAGAAGCCUCCCGAGAGCUGCCAUCCUGCUGAGUCAGCAUUGCAGCGUUCAGAUUCCUUGCUGUCUUUCCGCCUGGACCUUGGCCCCUCUCUCAUGAGCGAACUUCUUCAUGUCAUCAGCUUCUCAGGAAGCAACAGCUCUGACUGCAAGGAAAAGCAAGAAUGCGAAGAGAGUAAACCCCCAAGCAGCAGCGAGCCUCACCCUUCCCUUCACAUCAAGAGCAACUGGUCAGAGGAUUCACUACCUGGGAAGUCAGAAUCUCAUCAUGGUAAUGGUGAAGAAAGCCAAAACGUAUCAAGCCUUUUGGAUUACUCCAAGCUUAGAUCACCCUUGGGACAUUUGGCCUAUGCCAAUGGAGAUUCUCAUUCUAUAGAGAUGUCUGAGGAAGGAUCUCCCUGUUUGAGAAGCCGGAGUUCUAGUUCUGAACUGGAGGCAGUGCCAGAAGAGACCUAUUGGCAAAAAGGGCACCACAAGGACUGUAAUAUGGAAGCAAGAGAAUUCAACCAUGCUGCCCGUGUCUUAGCAUGCCAUUAUGGGGCAGGAAGCACCUACUGCAGUCCAUCUCCCCAAGAAGAUCCAAGGAGACAAGCCUCAUGGGAAAGCCCAAUUACCAACUCAUGGCACUUGAAAGUAGGUGCACCUGAGCAACAGGAAUAUUCUACCAGGUGGCGACAAAGAGGAGAAAAUGAGGAGGAGGAAGAGGAGGAGGAAGAAGAAGAGGAGGAGGACCACAACAAGUCUGACAGUGAUGAAGAAACCAUUGUUAGAGAGGGACACAGUGAUUCCUUUGAAUACGUUGAUGAAGAGGAUGAUGAUGAAGUUAAGGUUUGAACGGACAUGUAUAUGUUCUCUUGUGGGCUCUUAGGAGAUAUCAGAGCAAAAUGAAACAAUGUAAAGCUAUCUGGCAUUCUGGAUAGGUGCAGAUUCACAAGGUUAGCUUUCUUUCCAGAUGACUACUGUAUGUCAGUGCUUCCUAAACUGGUGUUUUCGGGUACCAGUUUGAAUUCCCAUAGAGUAAUAAAUUCUAUCACACAUACAGAGUGCCAGGCUAGGAAAGGCAGAUGGAGGACAGAACUCAUUUCGCUACCUUGGUCUCUCUCCUCCUCCCUGUUUUGUGGGUUUACAAAAAGAAAUAGAAAAAAGGAAGAAUUUAGAGCAAACAAAAAAGUAUUAGUUGCUGUUUUGUGGCAGCUGACAGUUAGAGAUGUUUAUGACUUCACAAGCUCCUUCCUUCCCACUGGCUGAUAGAUUUCAUCAUGACAGAUUAUACCAUUAUUUUUCCAUUCCCUAGAAAUAAAAACAUUUAUACUUAAGAAUAGAGACCACUGAGACCUUUCAUAUAUCUAUCAAAUAACCUGAUUUUUCCUGAUUUUUCUAUCAGGAAAAAUGCCACUUAAAAAAGAACAGUCUAGAAAAGGGAAGAGAAACCGUACCUCCAUUGGGACAAUAUUCUCCUAACAGCCUUGUGCUGAAAAUAAAGAUCAACUCAACUGUUUUUCCAAUCCAAGAUACUGGAACACCAGCGAGGCAGGAUGGUUCCUCUCCUCUUUUUACAAGAAACACUAAAUUUGGAUUGGAUCUGAAAUCAGUUCCUCAGCACACUGUCCAUUUUUCCUGCACCAGAACUCUGAUCGAGAUGGGAUUAUUUGUUGUUUAUUAUACACCCUCAGAAGGAAAUGUAAUCCAAGUCUUCCAACUGAUAUCAUUCCAGGGAAUCUGUAUGUUAAGCUUGUUGUUUUUUUUAUAUACUUCCAGAGAGUGCACAGAAUUCAAUUUAUGUUAAGGAUCUAGUUUACUGACAUGAAGGGCUGAAAUAUAACUUUCCAUCCUGUAUCUCCUAAUUCAGGCAUUGGCAAUGCAAAAACCUAAGAAACAAUUUGUUUCUAGCCCUUACAGCUUUGCAUAGCUACUGCAGCAGCUUAUCCACAGUGCUUUUUCAGGAAGAAAAGGAAAAUUAUUUCUCAAGGUAAAAUCAGAUUCUGAAACAGGGCUGCUUUUCAUGCUUCCAUGUUCCAAGAGGACAGUUUACACGUUGUCUUUGGAAGCCUUCCAGGUAUAGCCCCUGGAUUUGCUGCUAGCGCCAUAUACAAGGCUGUUGCUUAGCUGAGAAAGAGGCCGAGUACAGCACAAUCCCUGCCAUGAUUCCAUUUUACAAUUAUGAUAUAUAGCGUGGCUUAAACAGGGAGGACAGCAUGCAUAAAGUCACCCUUGUGCAAUUCCCUUUUCAUUUAAACCUCAUGUGUUUGCCGCCCUGCACAACUGCAUACUCUUGGAAGCAACUCUUCUCCAUACCAGGGAAAGACGUUCAAUGAAGUCUAAAAAUGCAGCCUUGCAUGUCUUUGGCCACGUACUCUACCAACAUACUUCUGCCCACUGGUAGAAAUAACUUUCAUUGGUUAGGCAAUACUCCCCCUUCCCCCUUUGUCUCAAAGACCAUUCAGACAACCAUAAAUUAUAUACCCUCCUUAAGAGAAGCAGUAUCUUUGAAAGUAUCCUUGAGGGGAAGAUCAGACUGCUUAAUCUGAAAGUAUCUUGGUAUGUACUUUAUUCUCACAGCAACAGUUGACCACCCCCAAAAGGAGAAAAAAUGGGUAAAAAUUUUCUCUCUGACUAAUUAUAGCAAUGACCAUUUUUUGCACAGAGAUUUUUGGAAGCAUUGCUAGUUGAGAUAAGUCAGUCUGAAUCAUGUCUUUGUGCUCAUGUUGGCUGGGAAAGAAGGGUUGUCUUGUCCUAGACAUGGAAGAACAUGAGAAUUAGGCUCCUCACUCCCCCUUCCCCUACAUAUUUUCAGAAGAUACUCAUACAUUGCCCUCUUCCAGCUCCCACCCAUCUGCCUGCAUUUUUCCCUGACCAAAUCACUCUCUCAAGGAACUAUUCUGCUGAGAAACCAAAGGGGAAGAAGUGGAUGUCAUACAUCAAACUCUUCAGCGGAUUAGCAGCUAUGAAAAAGAAAUGUUGCCAAAGGAUCUAACAUGCGUGACAGUUUUAGCAUUCCUCCUUCCCUCAAAAAGGUUCCCUGAAGUUGUUCGUUUGGGUUGGUUUUAGCUAAGCAAACCAAAGCAAUCAUAGUAAAUGGAGAUUCAAACUUCCAUGAUAAUUGAUAAUUAAGAUAAGGUGAUAAUUAAGAUUUUUUUUCCUUCUUUACCAAUGUCUGUAUUACCGGUAGGGUAUCUUUUUGCAGCCAAAGACUGUAGCUACUUGGGGAUAAUUGAGGGGGCACAUAGACAAGGGUAAAGAAAUAAUUAGUGGGAUACAAGCCCCCAAAAAGAUAUAUACAUUUAUUCUGUCUCUGACACUCAUUGCCAGUUUUUGGUUUACUUGCUAACACCUUUCCCACUGUCUUCCAAGUAACAGGCCAUAGAUAAAGGAAUAUCUCUGUUAACCAGAGGUUUGAACAAAUCCCUUACAUCAAGGGUGUCAAACCGUGCAUCGUCACGGCAGUGUCACAUGACAUAUUGGGACUUUUUUCCCCUUCACUAAACCGGGCGUGGGUGUGGCCAGUGCAUGAUCCAUCCAGCCCGCAAAUUUGACAGCCCUGACUUACACCCUGCGAUAGGAAUACAAACUACCUACCUCGGUUAUAAAGUCUUUGUGCAAGGGGGUCAAACUCAAUUUCAUUGAGGGCUGCAUCAGGGUUGUGUUUGACCUCGGGGGGCUGGGGUGAGUGUGGCCAGGGUGGGUGUGACCAGCUUGACAUCACUCGUGUCAGGGGCGCCUUUGGUGGCCCAAGCACUCUGCCAGUGAAAACAGGCUCCCAAGCUCCGUUUUCGGCUGCAAAGGCCUCCCGCAACCCUCUGCCAAUGAAAAUGGAGCUCAGGAGGGCCGCACGUGGCCCUCCAGAGCUCCAUUUUCACUGGCAGAGGCACCACGGGCCAGUCCUUUGCUGUUUCUAGGGUGGCCCUGUGGGCCAGAUUUAAGCACCCUCUGGGCCAAAUCCAGCCCCCAGGCCUUGAGUUUGACACCCCUGUCCUAGUGAGUACAGGUAACCCUCAUUUAGCAAUCCCAACAAUUCACAGUUGCAACAGUAAUGAAAAAGAAACAGUUGUGACCAAUCUUCCCAUUAAUGACCUUUGCGGGUCUAUAAAGCAAAAGAAAGCUGAAGUAAAAUCAUAGACACCAUCAGGGAUUCACUUAAUGACCAUUUCAUUUAACAACUGUGGUUGCUAAGCGAGUAUUACUCUGUAUAGAACUCUAUUCUUCAGAACCACUUUAUUCCAUAGUCCCGUCUUGUGAGGUAUACUAUUUAUAUAUUCUGGCACUUUUUCAGGAAUUUGAAUGAGUAAAAGUGCUUUUCUACAGGCUUAUUCUUGGCUUGUCUUCCUGAGAUUUGGAAUCACUGGAGCAUUAGAUGACAGUCUCCAACUACAUAUGGGAUGCCCUCUGACAACAUGGAUUCUUUGGAAUGAACAAGUUCUUUCCAUAUUCACAGAAUAAUUUUUUUUCCUAUUUUUUUUUUUCCUUGUGGCAAGCAGAGAUGUCUGGGAGAUGAGGUCACCAAAAUGUCCCUCACAGCACCGUGAUUGUUCACAAGUUGGCAGCAGCUGGAGGAAGCCUAAUCCUGCAGUAAGCUGUACGUGGCAGGAGGAGGGAGAAAAAGCAGGAAGAAAGAGAAUAUAGUCAAUAGGCAGUAUGUGGCGACAUCCAGCUAACUAAUUUUCUGUGGUGGAUGGCUUAUAACAGGCUCACUUCAACCACAUUGCCUAAGCAACAGAAAGGACUGUAAGCAUCUUUAAACAACACAUCACUAGUGAUUUGGCAUUUAGCUGGUAUUCCUGAUGGCUAGAGAUGGAUUUUAGGAAGGGUUGGCUUAAACACUGAACAAGGUGGGAUGUUAAGUACUUCUUUGCAAACAAAUGCACAUUUUUUUAAUAAAAAUCAAUUGGCUAUAUAGAGAGCUAAGCCAUAGGCUUAUCUAGUACUGAUAUUUUCACUGGCUAACAUUGAUUCAACAGGCGCUUUUCACAGCCCUAUCUGGAAAGAUUGAGAAUUGAAACUGGAAAUCUAGUAUAUAAAGCUGAUUGCAUCCCACAAAAUAAUACUAUUAAUAGAAGCUUUUUCUCCCUAUAUAUAAAGGAGGUUCCCCUUCCCCAGUCACUGUUAUUUCAGUGAUUUUCACACGAAUAAAUAUCAACAGCUGCUUGUGAUUUUUUUUAAAGUGUGCAUUUUAAACCAUUAGAGAGCAUUUCACUGAGGCAGCCUUCGACGGCGCCAUCUUGAAGAUUCUGCAAAUGCAGAUGGUAUUGAACAUUAUGUCUAGCAUGACCCUAACAGCUUGAAAAUCUGUAGAAAAAAUACCAUAUUUAUAUUGCUUGCCCAUUUUUCCAAUGCUACCCUCAGCAAUUUGGAAAUCUUAGCAAACAUCCUUCUGUCUGCUCUGGGUUAUCUGAUCAGCUUCCAAGUUCAGAUUCCGUCCUUUUCUUCUAUAUAUUCUUGGCACUUGUUACCGUUCUUACUAUCACAAUUUUUAUAUGUAAAUCUGUAUAUAUAGAC